AACUCCCGCAGUGGAUCGAGGACAACAUGGGGAAACUUCAGGAGUUCGAGAUUACAUUUGACAAAAACAAAGUGGUAUACAGUCCCGGCGAGUCAAUAACUGGAACCGUAAAAAUUAAAGUGGGCCAGCCGCUGCACUGUAAAGCUAUCAAAGUCAACUGCAAUGGUUUCUGCGGCGUCACCACUAAGGUAAAUGACACGGCAUGGACUGUGGAGGAACAGUACUUCAACAGUACUGUCUCUGUUGCAGACAAAGGAACCCUGAAACAGGGAGAACACACAUUUCCCUUCAAGUUUCUCAUACCAGACUCUGCUCCGACAUCUUUUGAAGGCAACUAUGGUAGGAUCGUUUACAGAGUGAGAUCUUUUAUUGACACACCGCGAUUCGCCAAGGACUACAACACAGAGAAAGCUUUCUACCUGUUAAGACUCCUAAACCUGAAUGAGGUGCCGGACAUAUGGGGAACCUGUUCAUCUGCAGUGACUCAGCAAUUUACCUACAUGCUGAUGAAAACGGGCACAAUGGUUCUGAAGGGCCAGACCGACAUGAGAGGUUACACACCGGGCCAGAUCAUCAAGGUAUUGGCAAACAUCCACAACCAGUCUGGGAAGACCACAGGCAACAUGGCCGCCAGCCUGAUGCAGAGAGUGACAUACGAGACGAAGAAGCCCACCCAUGAUUUGAGGACGAUAGCGGAGGUGGAGGGUGGUGUCGUGAAGGCUGGGAAAGAAAUUGAGUGGAAGGAGCAGAUCAUUGUUCCUCCUCUACCUCAGUCCUCCCUUGCUGGCUGUGAUCUUAUAAAGAUUGAAUAUUAUGUCAAAGUCAGCCUAAAGUCUCCAGAUGUCAUGUUGACAUUACCCGUCCACAUCGGGAACGUCUCACUAGACAAAAAACUGCACCCUUCCAAAAGAGCAGCACCUGCCCCCUCUACUGCAGCUGAGGAUACACUAGCGUCUGCCUCUACCCAUAACACCCCCACCCCCGCCUCCACCACCACCCCAACUCUGCCACCUCGCACUGCCCCAAAACCUGCCCCCCGUCCCGCCCCGCGCUCCUUGCAUAACUCCCCCAGCGCUCCUCCUGCUGAGUACCACCAGGGAGCCGAGGGCAGGUCUCCGAUGAAUGAUGGCUUCCCAAACAAGCGUCAGUCUCAGCUUGUGUCACCCAAUGCUUUCAGCUAUGCUCCUGGCCUCUUUUUCCAAGGGAACCAGCAGCAAAACGGGCCCAGCACUGCACCCAGCGGGGCCACAGGGGCCACAGCACCUUACCCCACAGAGAACGCUGCUAUCCCAAUGCCAACACCACUCAUCCUGCCUCCAGACUACGGCACCUCAGCAUAUCCACAAGAUUAACGUGUCAGGAAGUUGGCCAACAACGCUGCAAAGUCAGAGUCUCCUCCUUCUUAUGAUGAGAGCUGCAACACAUGAAGUGUAUGAAGAACCAGCAAGCUCCCACUAGGACCAUGAUCAAUACACUAUGAUACAAACAAAAUGUUGCCCUGCCAUUUGAAAAUAAUUGCACAGGUGAGACCUAAUGUAACCUGGCAUAGUGAGUUUAUGUAAGUCUUUCUAAUUGUAGGACAAUCAGCAUUUAGAAUUUAAAUUAAAGUGGAUUGAGCUGGAACUCUGCUGUCCAGUGGACAAGAACCUUUUCAUAAUAAAUGGGUGUUAUUAUUUCCUUCAAACCAGCCACAGCCAAUCAACAGCCAACUUUUGGUAUUCUUUUAGCACUUUUAAUGAAAGGAAAGACGGGGGAAAUGCUGAAUUUAUUAUUUGUACAGUAACAGCAGUCAUGUUUUUAUUUGUGUGUUAUUUGGAAACCCCUUAGAUUGUGUCUGUGAUGUCAAGUUUGAAAGUUUUAUAAUGAAAACUCUGCAAAACAAACCAUAACAUCUCAUAUAUAGUCUAAUGUGCAUAUAUUUUCAGGAGCCAAAAGAAAUUGAUCUGUGUAUUUUUUUUAUUGGAAACAGGUGAAAUCAUCUUUAUUCUUCUGGCGUUUUUUUCAUUGAUUUUAAGUUUGAAUAUUUAAGACGAGAUUAAAUGGUUUGUUUGGAGAGGCUUUUUUUAAUUUUUUUAUUUGCCUUGGAUCAGGAGUUUUCAAUUUUAUAAUAAUGGACAAUACAGAUAUUGCUGUUGCAAUUUGUCUACAUAUAACUAAUACAUGAUACAGUUUGACUUAAAGUUUCUGCCAUGUUUGAUUAUCUGUUGCUUUCAUGUAUUUGAACUGUGUUGGAAUGACUGUUGACUUCCUUAGAGAAAAUGUGUGUAAUGUAUUCAUCUUCCCCUGUUCAAUAUUUACUGGUUCUAUAUUUGCCCGCUUUCUCUGAAUUCUCCAGUAGUUGUACAAUAAUAAAACCUCAGUGAUUUGGGGUUUUUUGGUCCUUCUUCAUGUAGUUCACAUCAUCUAUCUUAAUCAUAGUUUUGUGAAUAAGAUUUAAUAUUUCUUGUUAAAACCAUAAAGAUAAAUCCAUAAAAUUUGCAGAAAUACAUUAUGUUUAUUUAUUGUUUUGAGUGUUUCCCAACUGUUGACUUUCAAUAAAUCUGUUAAAGCCC